AUGUUCGCCACUCAGCUCUACACCCUCGUCAUCCUCGCAGCUGGUCUGUCGGCCUCCGCCGCUCCCGCUUCUGUGAAGCGCAGCGGCAGCGACGCCUCUCCCGCCCUGGCGGCGCGUAAACCCCAACUCAACAACACCCUCCCCAACAACCUUCCCUUCGCCGUAAACGUCGUCCUCUCACCCGGCGCACAAAACACAACCGUCGGCUUACCAUUCAAGUUCAAGCGCGACGACGCCUCUUCUCCCUACCCCUCCUCCUCUGCCGACAACGACGAGGAUGGCGUAUUCAACUUCACACGCAACGCCCGUUUCCCGUUCUUGACCAAGCUGCCGUGGCUGGUCCCGAGCAACGAAACCAAAAACGAUACCUCGUCGACGUUCGAAACGCGACAGGUGAACGCUACGCUACCCAAUCAACUCCCCGUCGAUGGUGUCCUGCCGUUCCAUAUCGCGAUUACGCCUGGCGCGCAAAAUACGACUGUCGGUGUGCCUGCGGGCUUUCCGUUCAAGGUCAAGCGUCAGGACGGCAACGACGACACCUCUACCAAUGACGACGAUGACGGCAAUCUGGAUGAUAACGACGGGGUGUUCAACUUUACCAACCACGCCCAUCUCCCGCUUUGGACCCAGAUCCCUGCCGGGCUGUGGCACGAUGACGAUAACGAUAACUCUACGGAGAGCACGAACGGUACUUCUGGUGGAUUCCCGUUUGAGUUUUGGGGCAGUGAGAGUGCCGAGGAGGGGAACGCUGAAAAGAGGGAGGUGAAGCUUGCUCGAGCUUAG